UUGCGAGUCACUUUGUCACUUGCACUUUGCUAAGUAGCCUACAAAGAGUGCGUGUGUGCGUGCGUCACUAGCGCUCCUGGUGGACAAUAUCAACAACUGUGAAUCAAUAGCAGACGCUCGAUCAGCAGUCAGCUGUUAGGCGUACUUAGUCAAUGCGGUGUGGGUUAGGCUCCGGACUAUGUCUACUUGUUUUCUGCUGAGGACGUUGUUGCAGCACUUCAAAGAAGACAGGAGGAAAAUAAUUGUGAUCGGAUGAAUAAUAACGGAGUUUUUCAAUUGCCUAACGCUUCUGUGAUUUUAAACUGACAUCACUGACGUGGAAAGAGUAGAACCAUCGAAAUUCUAUACUUGAACUUCCAAUUCAAACUAUGGAGGAAUUCAAGUAUACGGAGGGAAACAUGGAUGACGCCGAUGUGUAUCAAGUGGAGUAUGUAGACAGGACCAUGGUGCUGUGUUACAUUCUCGCUGGAGUGUUGGCAGUGAUUCUCAUCCUCUACUGGAGUUUCGAGGUCCACUACUUCAUCAGGAUGGGACUGACUGUGUUUAAUGCGAGGGUGUUCAAGAGAAAAGUUCAUAUCUUGGACUCCACCUCUGUCACUGGUGUGUGCCUGAGUACGGAUGUGGAUACACUGCUGUACCAUAUGAACAAUGCAAGGUAUUUACGAGAGUUGGACUUUGCCAGAGUGGACUUCUACGAGAGGACAGACUUGUACCGUACCAUUCGUGCCAAAGGUGGGGCCGUUGUCCAAGGGGCAUGUACCAUCCGGUACCGACGGUUUGUGCGUCCCUUCUCCGUUUACACGAUUACCUCCAAGAUCGUCUAUUGGGACCAGAACUCCAUCUACAUGGAGCACAGGUUCAUCACGCCCAAGGACGAGUUUGUGAGAGCGAUCGCGCUGUGUCGCCAAAGGCUGAUCAAUGUCUCUGCGGAGGAUGUCAUGACAGAGUUGUUAUCCAACGGAGCCAAAGCGGCAGAUCCCGAGAGAGGGCUGGAGAAGCCCGAGUGUCCUUUGGAGGUGCUCCGAUGGAACGAGUCUAACGAGAUCUCCUCUGCAAAUCUCCGCAACGGAUGCUGACCUCGGUUGGACCUUCCUGACAAGGAAGAAGUGACCAUCGACAUGUGAAAGUGUUGUGAUAAACUCUCUCAGAGAGAAUCGGACAAAGUGAUUUUAAGGUCUUAAAACUCUGCAAUGCACUAUGAUACAGUGUACUUAAAUGUUUGUGUUAUUCUGUCCUUUGAAGUGUUUAAUGAUUUUAUAUGUAAGGAUUUUAGACUUAGAAUAUAAAAUAUUUUAAAGCUUUGAAUGUAAUGUGAGAUGCUUUGGUAAAAUUGUUUAAAAUCGUUCGAAGCCGUUAUUUUUUCAGUUUUGUUAAAGCUUUGAAAAACAAAGGUAUAAUUUGGAAUACAAUUUGACAAAAGAUUAUCAAUUUCCAUGUUUCCUUAUGCACUAUGUAGUCCUGAUUCAAAUUUGGUUAUCAACAGUAAAUAAACAUUUUAUUUAUGAAACCUUUAUCAACGUCAACCUAUUUGUUGGGCAAACAAUCUUACAGCGACACCAUUUUGUAAUUUUAAACUCAGUUUUUAGAGUAGUUUUACAUUACUCUUGGUUAUAAUGUGACACUUUCACCUUAUAGCUAAAGAGCUAAGGAACGGAAGUACUUUUUUCUCUAUUGGGUACCCAUGAAUCUGUAUCUAAUGUUGACAAACUUGUAGUUUCAACCUGGACAUUUAAAUAAUGUUAUUGUUAAAUGUAGACCUAAUGUUACUUAAUGCUGUGGUUAUUUAUAUAAGUUAGAGAAUUGUAAAAAAAACACAAAUCUGUACAUACUUUAGUGUUUAUCAUAGAACCAUGUAAGGAGAUCAACAUGGUGACUAUAGUAGUUAGAGAAUAUUUCCUUUCAUUGGACUGUUACACUAGUCAUUCUAAAAUAACGUGUUGUAAGUUGUAAAAUGCCUUGAUGGAACUUCACGUUCCAAGACCAUAUUCUUCUAGCUAUAUCUGUUACAUUGAAAUUUGACUCAUGCUCUUCCAUAGAAUCAAAUUUGUUGUUUUAAUUAAGUUUUUAAAGACUGAAGUGAUAGAAAACUGUAACAUAUAUGGUUCCAAACACAACAAAAACUCUUGAAUCAAAUUAUAGGCUUACUGCAGCCUAUUCACACACAUUUUUAUUAAUUUGCCGUAUCAGCACUUUAACCCUUUUCAGUCUGUUUAUUUUUGUCUGAGGAAAACCAACUACUUAGGGAAUGUUUUUCUUCUAUUCAGAUGAUACAAUCAAUAAAAAGAUAGUUAUAUCUUUUAUGAUUUAAAAAAUAAACUACCGUAAUAAUUAUGUUUCCAAUAUUGAACUCAUGUUCAUUGCAAUUUGAGUUUGGUACUUGGAAACAAUACUGUAUACUCCAAAUAUUUUUAUCCUCUAUUGUAUUGGAAAGUUUGAUUAAUCAAAUCAUGGUUCUAUUAUUACUAAUUUCUUUGUGUCAGUGGACACUCCAGUAAGUAUAGACUACAUCAAAUCAAAUCAUUUUCUAUUGGAUCAAGAUGCCAUUUAGCUUGUGAUCAAACUUAUUAAGUGACAAAAAUAGUUAUAAGUUAGCAUAAUUCGUCUGAUGUUUUAUUGACGAGUAAGAGAUGUUGGAUAUUUUUCAUGACACUCAAAUUAGUUUAGGUGAUUUGAAAUCAUAAUGUGUUAGGAUGUAUGUAUAUACUUCUAAAUUGUAUGGGUAGUAUAAAUAUAUAUCAACAUUUUGCUUUGAGCUUUAUUAAAUUGUCUGCUGUUACGAAAUGUACUUUCUACUGUUUCUAUAUUUUUUUUCUUUAAAGACAUGUACUACAUGUUGAUUACAUGUUAUUUAUAAUAAAAGUUUACAGUUUCAA